GCAAUGGCAUACUACCAUACUACUCCUACUAUUUCUGUCAUAGACAUAGAUGGUAGAAGUAGUAAGAGUAGUAUGGGUAGUAUGCCAUUUGGUACUCAGCGACUGCUUCAGAUGUAAGGAGUGCUGGAAAACUUUUCCGAGAUUUGUUCAUAUCUCACCGACAAGAAAGAUGGAUUCUACUGCCUUUGUGAAAUUAAUUGAUCAGAAUAGGAAAAUCGCCCUAUAUGGUGCUGGUACAGCAGUUGCACUGCUUGGACUCGGCCUGGGGUAUAAAUAUACGCGCAAAGAGAAAAAAUUAACUCAGGUUGGAGUUGUUUCUCAACUGUUAGUUCAUCCGAUGAAGUCUGGGAAAGCUGUGUCGGUAGAUACCGCAGAAUGCCUUCGAAUGGGACUGAAAUACGGCGAACUGCAGGAUCGCCACUGGCUUGUCAUUACUGAAGAUGGACACAUGGUGACAGGCAGACAGAACCCUCGUCUUGUGUUGGUGUCGCUGACCUGUGAAGGUGGGCAGCUCAGUCUCAAUGGACCCCAGAUGGAGGAGUUGAGGGUUCCUCUUCAGCAGCCCAAUAAUGCAGUUGUGGACUGCAGAGUGUUUAGUGUAGACGUCCAAGGCAGAGACUGUGGAGACGAAGUGUCUGACUGGCUUACUAGAUACCUGGCAUCUGACAAGACCGUUCGCCUGGUCCAUUUUGAACCGCAUCUAAAGGCCCAGUGGCCUUCAGAGAAAGAGCCCCUCUUUCCUAGGGAUGAGAAGGUGGCCUAUCCUGAUGCAGCUCCCAUCAUGCUGAUGACUGAGGCCUCUGUUAGGGACCUGAAUAGCAGAUUGGACCAUGAGGUCACUAUCUCUCAGUUCCGUCCCAGCAUUGUGGUCAGUGACUGUGAGGCCUUCACAGAGGACACAUGGGAUCAUAUUCAGAUUGGCCAAGUGGAGAUAAAGAGAGUCACUGGCUGUGGAAGGUGCAUUUUUACUACUGUUGACCCUGAGACUGGAGUUAUCACUCAGAAAGAGCCACUGAACACACUCAAAACCUAUCGAAUGACUGACCCUAAGCAGAAAAUCUCACCAAUAUUGGGCCAGUACUAUACCAUCAAGAAAACAGGUGUCCUUCUUGUUGGUGAACCUGUUUAUAAAGUCAUCUGUUGAUACAGACCUGACAGGAUGGAAUGCAGAACGAUAAUCUGUUGAACAUGUUACAGGCGGACACAACAGAAAAUUAGACUUAAAUCAACGUUCCUGUUCAUUUUCAUUGAAUAAGAAAAAUAAAGUAUGUAUAAUUAAGAUUGUUUUGUAAAAUGCUCCAUUAGCUGGAAAUUAUUGGGUUUGGAAUAGGGAACUUAAGAAGUCUUAGGGAUUCGAAAACCAUUUGGUUUUACAGAUGUUAAUGCCCACAAUGCUGCGAUUAUGCAGUGAAAAGCACAGAUUUGUGUGCUUAAAAGUAUUCAGUAUUUUCAGUGUCCUCAUAUUGAACAAAGUAUUCAAUAUUUUGGGAACCCCCAAAACACCAGUGUAUUGUAAUGAUAAAGUCGCAAGUGCAUUGUUAACGAUUAUCUCUGUUUAUGCUGAAGCAGUGAGUAUUUGUUACAUUUCAUUUUAGCUUGUGCCUUCAUAUGUGAAGCCAUACAUGUAACUGUUAAAUCAAGAACAAGGUGUUAUUUUAUAAGUUAAUUAGUAGAAUUACUCAUACUGAGAUGCUGAAAUGACCUUUGACAAGCUGAACACAUCCCCACCCCCCCAGUGGAAAAAUUCUGUUCAUUUGGAAAACAUCCAGUAGAUGGAGCUAUUUCAUUGAUUUCAAGGAGUUAAAAUAGUACCAGUCCACUAGAAUCACUUCAUUAACCAAAAACACAUUACAAACUAACUUGCUGCUUUUUCAUAAAACAGCGCAUUAUAAAUAUUUGCUGUUUCUUAAUGGUAUAGUGUACCCAAAAAUAAAAUUCUGUCAUCUUCUCACACUCACA